AUGGCGCAAGCUGCCAAGCAGAUCCGCAAGAACAAGGACCUAGCCGAGGCCGCGGCCCAGGAGCAGAGGGAGAAAGAGGAGGAGAAGAUCAAGAAGAGGAACCGCUCGAGGGACCGCAGGCGCAAGGCAGAUACAGCGACCAGUUUUCUACGUGCAGCACGCUCGGGUAAUCUGGACAAGGCUCUGGAUCACAUUAAAAAUGGGAUUGACAUCAAUACAGCCAAUCAGAAUGGACUUAACGGGUUGCACUUGGCUUCGAAAGAAGGUCAUGUUAAGAUGGUGCUGGAGCUGUUGCACCAUGGAAUAGACCUAGAGGGCACCACAAAGAAAGGGAAUACUGCACUACAUAUAGCUGCACUGGCAGGUCAAGAGAAAGUGGUUGCCGAGCUAGUACACUAUGGUGGUAAUGUCAAUGCCCAGUCUCAGAAAGGUUUCAGUCCACUAUACAUGGCGGCACAAGAGAACCACCUUGAGGUAGUGAAGUUCCUGUUAGAGAAUGGAGCCAAUCAGAGCCUCCCUACUGAGGAUGGCUUCACACCACUGGCUGUUGCACUGCAGCAGGGUCAUGAGAACGUGGUGGCUCUUCUCAUCAACUAUGGUACUAAGGGGAAGGUGCGUCUGCCCGCUCUCCACAUCGCCGCCCGCAAUGACGACACACGCACUGCAGCUGUUCUGUUACAGAAUGACCCCAACCCUGACGUCCUUAGCAAGACUGGCUUUACUCCGCUCCACAUUGCAGCACAUUAUGAGAAUCUGAGUGUUGCACAGCUGUUGUUGAACAGGGGCGCCAAUGUGAACUUUACACCAAAGAAUGGAAUUACACCCUUACAUAUAGCUGCCCGAAGGGGAAAUGUGAUUAUGGUUCGGCUACUUUUGGACAGAGGAGCACAGAUAGAUGCCAGAACAAAGGAUGAGCUGACCCCACUGCACUGUGCUGCCAGAAAUGGACAUGUGCGUGUCAUCGAGAUUCUCCUGGACCAAGGAGCGCCCAUCCAGGCCAAAACUAAGAACGGCUUGUCUCCAAUCCACAUGGCAGCACAAGGUGAUCACAUGGACUGCGUCCGCCAGCUUCUCCAGUACAAUGCUGAGAUUGAUGACAUCACUUUGGAUCACCUGACGCCCCUGCAUGUAGCAGCACACUGUGGUCACCACCGCAUGGCCAAAGUACUGCUGGACAAGGGGGCCAAGGCCAAUGCUCGUGCCCUGAAUGGAUUCACACCUCUGCACAUUGCCUGUAAGAAGAACCACAUGCGCUCUAUGGACCUACUGCUCAAGCACUCGGCAUCUCUCGAGGCAGUAACUGAGUCUGGUCUAACACCCCUCCAUGUGGCUGCAUUUAUGGGGCACCUUAACAUAGUGAAGUGCCUCCUGCAGAGAGGAGCUUCUCCAAAUGCAUCUAACGUGAAAGUGGAGACUCCGUUGCACAUGGCUGCUCGGGCAGGGCACUGUGAGGUGGCUAAGUUCCUGCUCGAAAACUCAGCUCAGGUGGACGCUAGAGCUAAAGAUGAUCAGACGCCGCUGCACUGUGCAGCUCGGAUGGGACAUAAAGAGUUGGUCAAACUGCUGUUAGAGCAUAAAGCUAAUCCUGAUUCAGCUACUACAGCUGGACACACCCCUCUGCACAUCGCUGCUCGUGAAGGACAUGCCCACACGACACGCAUUCUCUUAGACGGCAAUGCCCAGCAACUCAAAAUGACUAAGAAAGGCUUCACUCCUCUCCAUGUGGCAUGUAAAUAUGGCAAAGUGGAUGUAGCAGAGCUACUUCUGGACAGAGGAGCAAACCCAAAUGCAGCAGGAAAGAAUGGACUAACCCCUCUACAUGUAGCUGUCCAUCACAACAACCUGGAUGUGGUCAAGCUGCUGGUCAGCAAGGGCGGAUCUCCACACAGCACAGCUAGGAAUGGUUACGCACCUCUACACAUUGCUGCUAAGCAGAACCAGCUGGAGGUGGCCAGCAGUCUGCUCAUUUCUGGAGCCAAUGCUAAUGCAGAGUCCCUGCAAGGCAUCACGCCACUCCACCUGGCCGCUCAAGAAGGACGACCUGACAUGGUAGCCCUGCUCAUCUCCAAACAGGCCAACGUCAAUCUCGGCAACAAGAGCGGCCUGACGCCACUGCACCUGGUUGCCCAGGAGGGUCAUGUAGGCAUCGCAGACAUGCUGGUGAAGCAGGGCGCCUCAGUCUAUGCAGCCUCAAGGAUGGGAUACACACCCUUACAUGUAGCAUGUCACUACGGCAACAUAAAGAUGGUGAAGUUCCUUCUACAACAGCAGGCACAUGUUAACAGCAAGACCAGGGUGGGCUAUACACCACUCCAUCAGGCGGCCCAGCAAGGUCAUACGGACAUCGUCACUCUCCUCCUAAAACACGGAGCUCUGCCCAAUGAGAUCACAACAAAUGGAACGUCACCCCUGGGCAUUGCUAAGCGGCUAGGCUACAUCUCUGUCAUUGAUGUACUAAAGCUGGUGACUGAGGAAUCUGUAUCUGUAAUAACCACUGAUAAGCAUCGCAUGAGUUUCCCAGAGACGGUGGAUGAGAUCUUGGAUGUCUCAGAGGAUGAGGGAGCUGCACAGCUAACAUUAGGUGAUGAGCUGUUGGGAAUGGAUGGCGCUCGCUACCUGAAGCUGGAUGACCUGAAGGAUCAAGAUGAUGACUUUCUUUCACCAAAGAAAUCCCUGCGGGAGUUUGAGAGUGGGAUGGGCACAACACCCUACUCACCUGCAAUUCCCAGAAUUCCAUGUGUAUCUCCAGAAACUGUCAUGCUUGACCAGCACACUCCUAUUCCUUUGCCUAAGGAGUAUGAUGAGGACUCUCUUAUCCCCAGUAGUCCUGCCACUGAAACCUCAGACAACGUUAGCCCAGUAGCCAGCCCCAUUCACACUGGGUUUCUGGUGAGUUUUAUGGUAGAUGCAAGAGGUGGGUCUAUGCGUGGAAGCAGACACAAUGGCCUCCGGGUGAUUAUACCCCCUCGUACCUGUGCUGCCCCAACACGGAUCACCUGCCGUUUAGUGAAGCCACAAAAACUCACGACACCUCCUCCCCUGGUUGAGGGAGAAGGCCUUGCCUCACGCAUCAUCUCCCUGGGGCCCUCCAGCAUGCAGUUCCUGGGGCCAGUGAUCGUGGAGAUCCCUCAUUUUGCUUCACUUGGAAGGGGAGAUCGAGAACUGGUGGUGCUUCGCAGUGAGAAUGGUUCAGUGUGGAAAGAGCACCGAAGCCGAUAUGGUGACGAUGUUCUAGAGACUAUACUUAAUGGCAUGGAUGAAGAUUUGGAGAGUCAGGAGGAGCUGGAGAAGAAAAGAAUUCGCCGAAUUAUCUCCACAGACUUCCCACUUUACUUUGCUGUGGUGUCACGUGUACAGCAGGAGAGUGAUUUAAUUGGUCCAGAGGGUGGUCAGCUAAUCAGUCAGCUAGUACCCCAAGUUCAGGCCAUAUUCCCUGAGACAGCAGUCACCAAACGAGUGCGACUGGGCCUGCAGGCUCAGCCUAUCCCAGACGAGUUGCUGACUCGACACUUAGGGAACCAGGCCACCUUCAGCCCUGUGGUGACGGUGGAGCCGCGCAGGCGUAAGUUCCAUCGGCCCAUCGGCCUGCGCAUCCCCCUGCCCCCCUCCUGGAGGGAGAGUCCACGCGAUGCUGGUGAAGGGGACACCACCAGCCUGCGCCUCCUCUGCAGCGUCAUUGGGGGUACGGCCCCGGCUCAGUGGGAGGACAUCACUGGCACCACCAAACUCAUGUACUCCAACAACUGCGCCAACUUCACCACCAAUGUAUCAGCAAGGUUCUGGCUGGCUGACUGUCCUCGAACAGCAGAGGCCGUGACCUUUGCCAACUUGCUGUACCGUGAGCUAACCGCCGUGCCCUACAUGGCCAAGUUUGUGGUGUUUGCUAAGAUGAAUGAGGCCCGUGAAGGCCGUCUUCGCUGCUAUUGCAUGACAGACGAUAAAAUGGACAAAACCCUGGAGCUGCACGAAAACUUCACUGAAGUGGCCCGUAGCCGAGACAUAGAGGUAAUGGAGGGGAUGCCGCUGCAUUUGGAAUGCUCUGGAAACCUUGUGCCAGUGAGAAAGGCCACACAGCAGCCUCGCACCUUCAGCUUCCAAGCCUUCAGAGACAACAGACUGCCCGUCUCAGUGAAGGUGCGAGACAGCAACAAGGAAUCCACAGGGUUCCUGUCUUUCCUCCGCAAGUCCACCAAAUAUGAGGAUGCACAGCAUGUGCUGUGUAACCUCAACAUUACCAUGCCUCCUUGUGUUAAGGUGGCAGGUGGUGAAGAACGCAGGCGGACUCUGACACCAUUGGCCCUGAGGGAGAGGUACAGCACCCUGAGCGAGUCGGGUCUGGCUGCUGUGAAUGCCUUGGAAAGGACAGAGAUGAAGAUUACACUAAUCACUGAGCAGCUGGGUUUAAGCUGGACAGAACUGGCCAGAGAGCUGCAGUUCAGUGUUGAUGACAUUAACAGAAUACGAGUAGAGAAUCCCAACUCCCUCUUGGACCAAAGUACAGCUCUGCUCAACCUGUGGGCCAUCCGAGAGGGCAAGAGAGCCCAGAUGGAAAACCUGUAUGGGGCACUAAAGAACAUUGACCGGUCAGACAUUGUGAAGUCUCUGGAGGAUCCAGUGCCACAGGCAAUACCCGAGGAGGGAGAGGAAGGAGCCUGCAGGCUGGUCGAGCGUGACUCUACACUGAUCUCUCCCAGCGUUGUUAAUGGUUAUGGGCUGGCGCAGGAAGAGCUGCUGUCUCCAGCAUCGGUGCAGUAUAGCCUGCCAUCUCCACUCGGCCCUGAGCCCUACUGGCAGGAGGUGUCGAGUCUGGAGUGUGCUCCAAUUGCCACCACUGAGGAGGACACCAUGAUGGAGAUGUCAGAUGUGCAGGUGUGGCCAGCAGGAAUCAGUCCAUCCCUUGUGACAGUAGAAGACUCUUCUGUUGAGGGUAGCAGUCGUGCAGACGACUCUGAGCCCAACACCCUGAGUCUGCCCUGUAGCAGCAGCCUGGGGCGGCCCAGCAGUGGGGCUAGUGGGGCCAGUGGCUCUAUCAUGGAGCUAGAGGAAGAGGAGGAGGAAGAGGAGGUGGAUGAAGAAGACAUGCCACAUGAACUGGAAAAAGAAAGGGGCCAUGCCAGUGGUGCUAUCCCUAAAGUCAACCACAAUGGGCAAGUUGGAGGUCAGAGGUCGGAGAGCAGGAGAGCAGAGGUGGCGGCAGGCAGCAGCAUGGCAGGAGGAGCUAGAGGUGGAGGAAUAGGAUGUGGAGUGAUUGGAUUAGGUGCAAGCUCAGGGGAAAAGUUUUCUGUUCUUACAGGGCAACAGAUCUAUGCCCAGCUGCGUGAGAAAACUGGCCUGACCCGAGCACUUGAGCACAAUGGAGACAGGUUAAGUGGCGGUGCAUUUCAGCCCUUCCUCCAGGAGAAGGCCAUUGAGUGUGUGACGGAGCAGAACCAGGCCCGUGUAGCUCAAGAAGCCUUGCUCACUCCGGUACGUGACACGGGUCAGUCAGAGGUCCUGCGUGGAAGGUUUAUGGGCACUCAGCCCUUUGAAAAGGGACUCGGCUUCCCCCAUCAGGGUGCAAACAAGCCACAAAGAGACGAGCCAGUUGAUUUUACCAGUGAGCGUGCGAGUGAGGAGCAGUUCACUGAUGAACACGGAAAUGUAGUCAGCAAGGGCCGGACGUUCACUGCCAAACCAUCCUUCACCCAAAUACAUUUGGGAGACAGAACAAGACGAGAAGCGCACAAGAGGCAAGACGACGAAAGGAAAAUGGGAGGCGGUGAAUGAUAAAGAACCACAACUCACACCAACAUUCACAAAAAAAACAACAACAGAAAUACCAAGGAGCCACACUUGAGAAAAGAAAGGAGAAACAUAAGAAGAUCUACCUGUACUUUUGUAAAAUUUUUAACAACAGUGAAUAAAAGAGGACAACUAGAUUAGAGCAUGAUUUUUUUUGUAUAAAAGUUCAUGGAAAAAAAACAUUAACAAAAAAAAACAACAAAAAGUGCUUCCUGUCAACUGUAAAUGCAUGAUCGACUGCUGGUGCAUGACCUAUGACCUUUGAGCUGUCAUUAUCUAUCAACUAAAAAAAAACUGGAUGAGGAAAAGGGCCGUCACAGGAUAUGGGGAAAUUUAAGGAUUUGGAACAACACAGCCAAAUAGAAAAAAAUCUAAAUGGAAAAAAAAAACCCCGCCAACAACAUUUUGACAACACGACACAGCGUAAAGCUUACGCUGAUCCCAUCAGUGCUUCAUCUCCACAGGCCCUUUAUCCUGGUCUUAUAUGUGAUAUAUGCACUCUAUGCUAUGCGAACGUUGUUGUGUGUGUGAGUGUGUGUCCGUAUAUAAUGCAUGUGUACUUGCUUCCGGCUGCUGAAUGUCGUUUUUUCUGCCGUGACACUUUUUUGAGUGUGAGAAGGAGUUUGAGAGCUGUGCUCAGCUGUGUGUGUGUGUGUGUGUGUGUGUGUGUGUGUGUGAUUACAGACUUUUGUUCUUUGUUGUGAAAUGUGUUUGUGUUUUCUUAAACAGUCCUCCACAUUUUUGUCACUUCCUGGUGGAAUUGGAGGAUCCCCCCCUGCGUAGUGGGAAUAUUUCAAGAAAUUGGGUUCUCCAGCUGGAGGUUGUGUGUUUUUUUUUUGUCGGUCUUCGUGUGCCAGCGCAACACCCCAAUGUCCCUACUACUAGAGACAUGCUGUAUGUUCGUGCUCUCAGUAAUAUGUAGAGGAGGUAAAAAUGCAUAUCAACAGAAAACAGCACAUUUCAGCCAAAAGUCCUUUAUAAUAAUGUUAACAAAAUGCUCCUAAAGCUGAGGUAAAAAAGUAAUUUGUAUUUAAAAUUUAGCAUGUGGUACAAAAAACCCCCAUAAGAGAUGUAAUAAUAUAUUGAUAUAAGAUAUUAUAUUAUAUGUUAUUGUAUAAUUCUUCAUUCUGAUUGGUCAGAAGGUGUUGAUUAAUUGUGCAGCUGCAAAUCUUAUUUGUUAAGUUUAUAUUAAGGCGCUCGUUGUAAUAUGUGCUUGUUUCUAUGGAAACAGUUCAUUUACAGGGAUGUGCACAUGGAUGCACUAUAUAAAUCAAUUUAAAAUGUGUUAUCAUUGAUAUACUGAUCAGUGAUAUGUUGUGUAGCGAAACACUUAUGAUAGUGUUCUCUAGAGGGACGUCACUUUAAUUUAAGCAACAGAAGAAAAGAAAUCUUCAUGACUGAGGAGUUUAUGCUUUGUUGUUUGUCAGUAAUAUAACAAGCCACCUUUUUAAAAAAAAAAAAAAAAUCAUAUUAACUUUCAACGAGCAAAGAAACUGUUACUGGUGAGCAAACAUUAGUUUUAGCUGCUAAAACCUAAGUGACUAUAUGUUUUAUGGACUUUCCACAUGUCGCUGUAAAUGGAUGAAAAGUAUCAUGUUCAGUAAUGCAAAACAUUUUAAUUGUCUGACUGUUGAGCUACGAGGAGAGUGAAACGCUUUGGGUCUGCUGUUAUGGAAAAAUAAUCAGGCUGCAUCGCAUCAACGGUUGCAUAUCAGUAUUAAAACCCUAUUGAGUAAAUGGUCAAUAUCUAAUGAAAUAUCCAAAAGGUUUCACCUCUUAUAGCUUCAGGAACAAUUUGUUUGCAAAUGAAAUGUAGGACCUUUGGCUGAAAAUCUGCCUGAAAUCUCUCUCUCUCUCUGACUCUCUCUCUGAUGAUCUUUCGUGCUUCCCAUUUAUUAAAUUGUGUGCUUCCUCGUUUCCUUUCCUUGCUUCUCUUCCUCGUGGUUUGGCUGCUCUGAGUAAGGACACGAGGAAAAGCUGCAUGAAAAGGAAACAAACACAGGAAAAAUCUGUAGCAGAAGGAUUUACCUAAUAAGACACUCUUGUUUACUAAAGCCUCAGUGAAAUGAAGUAUUGUGUUGCUGAGUUGCUAAACAGCCAUACACUAUAUCACGAUGUUCACACUAGCAAGUGACAAGUGGCUUGUGUCGCUUGUACUUCCUCUCUUGUGGGCGUGUAGCAACCACUUCUGUUGUCUCUUGUGGGACAACGGCAUGAACAGCCUUACCUUUUUAUAGGUCUUUUAAAACCAACUAGUUACGCAUAAAUUAGAGUGUGAAAAUUGGUUGUUUGACUUACUCAUGUCCUUAACCAGAGGUCAUAUAUGCCAUGAAUGCAAUUUUUUUUAAAACUAAUUUCAGGUAUGUAGGAACUGAGGCUGUGAAAGUAUAACUGAAGAAGCAUUGAUUGCAGACACCAUAGGAUUGGUCUAAAGAAUGAUUUACCUAGUAAUACCUAAUUUACACAGUACUGAGAUCAUCUCAUUUCAGACAUUGCUUGUUGCUCAACGCUGUCACUGAAAUUUUGGCUUCAUAUUGCACACAUACUGUAUGUAAAAAAUGAAUGAUCAUCUGUUGCAUUGUCACACUGUAGUGUGAAUGAUAGAGUUACUUGUCACUGACCAAAAAGGACUUCCAUACACACACCAACCAAUAACAGAAACUAUGCGCAUAUGCAUGCCUAAACAUCACCUCUUUAAUCUAUAUGAGCACACAUACUUAUACUACACCUCACUUUUGUUUAUUCGUUUUUCUGAAUCAUUUUUUAAAUGUUUUUUUUUUCUUAGGUGUGCAAAGAAUUGAUGCAUAUCAAAAAAAUAGACAGUAGAACUGCUCGAUCAAGGAGGCAUCAAUUAGCGCACUGGGAAGCACAAAGUCUUUAUCUCCUCUAUCUUCUACUCUAUGUGCGUCUGUAGCUCAGCCUUCUCUUAAAGCCCCGUCCACUCUGGACCCCGGAGGAAUGAUGUACAGUAGCACAUCAUGCCGCUUUCAUCUCUCUGUCCUGUUCAUGUACAUGCUACAUUUUCAGGGCAUUUGAUCCAGCUUGCCCCUUAACUGAUUACACUCUGAGUUAAUACUGGUGUAAUGCAUCUGACAUUUGAUGGCAUUUAAAUAUAUUUUUAAAAAAUGAAACAUUUAAAACUUCCUUAAAAUCACUAUAAGUGUACAGUAAAGCACAGACAGAUACAAUCUAUACAGACAGCACUGUGAUCGUCCACCUUGAAAUUAAUUGACCCCUGAACUGUGACAAUUGUCUGUCCUUUGUGGGUUUUAUAUCUCUCUCUCUCUCUCUCACACACACACACACACACACACACACACACACACACACACACACUUACACACACACACAGCUCUUAAUUUACAGCAAAAUCCAAUACAGGCAUCUAUACACAUCCUUAAUCAUCUUUAUUUCUAUGUUCAUGCACAAAUUCCAAAUCAGCUAAAAAAUAUUUACCCUUCAACUACCAAAGCAAUAAUAUCAAAUAAUAACAGUAUCAUUGUGACAGUUUGGCAUUUAUGUGUGUGUGCGUGUGUGUAUGUGUGUACACGUGUAUUUAUUCAGUGUUUACCCUAGUAGCAUUUCUAUUUGACUCUGUUGAUAUGAGUAUAUACAUUACUUAUAAGUAUAAAUAGACAUUAUGAGUAUUAAAGUUGCACCGUGUGCAAGAGUGUAACGCUCAAACCAACCCAAGUUUGUCGAAAUGACCUCCAGGGGCACUAUCUGAAAGCUGCAAGCUUAGACGCUUAACUGAAGUCUGACGGACUCACUUCAAAUGUAGCACACAACCUUAUAUGUUAUUUAUGUUCAACAAAGAAAAAGAGGUUUUAAAAAAUAUAUAUAUAUUUAUGACUCUUUGGCAUGAAUGAUAACAAGAAUGAAUGAAUGAUUGUAUUGAUACAAAGUAAAAAAUGAUCUGUGAAUAUGUCAGUAAGAAAAAGCAGUGAUUGUAUAUUUAUUGUUAAGGAUUUCUCUGUGGAUGAGUGAAACCCAUAUUCUCUAAACAUGUCACCUCCGCUCACUCAAGUCCUACUGACUAUUUAAACUUCACUCAGGUUUUGUGUUUUAACCAAUGAUUUUUCUUCCACUAUAUCUCAUCUAGCGUAUGUAACAGAACUAUAAAAAAAAAAGUUCAGAGAUGAAUCAAAUUCAUGCAAAUUCCUCUUUGCACCAAAUGAAAUCAAUGCAUUUAAAGAGUCUAAUGUAGCUAACACAAAAGUCAGCAUGAAAAUUCUAGUGUUGAAAAAUCUUCAUCUUUAUGUAUACCAGCAAGUGACCAGAAAAUGUUAUAUAAAAUAUGGUGUGAGCAGUCAUGUUGUUUUCACAUCUCUUGCUGGUCUUGGGGUUAAGAAGAUUAUAGUGUACUGUGCUAAACCUGGGUCACCCCUUCAUUUCUUCAUAUUUUGCUUCCAAAGAGUCAAACUGUCUUGUUUUUUUUUUAACAUAGUCUUAAGAAAUAUUUUUCCAUGCUUCCUGAAGGACUUUCUUUUCUCUUUUUGACUCAUUUUUUAGGCCAGUCCAUGUACCUUAACAGUUUCAGAAGACUGGUUUGUGUUUGUUAUGCCGCACAGUGACCAUGAAUUAUUCAAGCAUAAAAAAAAAAAUAAAAUAAAAAAGAUGACAGAUGAUCAAGCUGGAGAUUGGUAUCCUGGUAUCCUGGUGAUGCUAAAUGCUAAGUGGUUGGAACAGACGAGAGAGGAAAUGAGGUUGCUGCUGAGGUUGUUCCAUGAACAAUGUUUAAAUUGUAUCUUUACCCAAUUUGUAGCCUGCUGCAGUAAAAAAAAAAAAAAAAGUUCACAUUUCUUUAAUCUGCAUAAUUUUAUUUCAUUUAAUAUGAAGAAAUGAGGGUUGUUCAAAACCUUCGAACAGUACUGUAGCAGUUGCAUCACUGGCUUAAGGAGCGUUUUCUUUGAUUUUUUUUUCCUAGGUGAGAGUCUACUUGAAAAUCUUCUUUUUUUCUUACCACAGUUUAUCUUUGCGCAUUCUAAGGGUGUGAUAGACUUCCAUUCCUUGUUAGCUACAUUAGACUUGGACUUGUUGUACACCAAACAUGUCUUACCUGAUUCUGCUUUUGGCUUGAAGGGGAACUAUGUGUUAAUUUGAUGUUUUGUCAGAGUUUUCCAAUGUCUGGGAAAUUAAAAUUCUUAUUAUUUUCAGGGAAUUUAAAUUGUACCUGAGCAUUAUUUUCUGACAGGGUUCAGUCUAACUGUCUAAAGAUGUUUAGUGAUGUUGGGGUGUGAGGCGAUGGUAAGCAACUAAGUGAGAUAAAACGAGAUCCAUAAUGUUUAGACUUGUUAUUAG